GACAGAGAAUAAUCUCUCGAGCUCUUGGGUUAGUGGCGAGAAGAAAAGCUGCAUAAGUCGCCGUAGAAGAGUGAGAGGCAUCUUCUCCUCCAAAGAGAGCUUCAGCUUUCGACUUACUUCUGCACAAUGCUUUCUCGCUUCUUCUCUCUCCGCAGGCAGGCAGUUUCUUCAAACUUUCUUGCUGAGAAACUUAGUUAUGUUAGAGAUGCUUCAUGGUCAUAUAAUUUGGUUUCUGAACGUGGCAUUUCAACUGCUGGUUCAGAGCGUAGUUCGGGUAAGGCAUUUGCUGAUUUUUCUAUUUUUAAAGGAAAAGCUGCACUUUUAAUGUCUCCUGUGCCUCCAACAUUCACCAAGAUGGAUUCCGGGCAUCAAAGAGUUGAUAAAAAGGGUGUUGUCUUGUUGAAGUUCAUCCCUGCAAUUGGUCAACGGAAGUAUGAUAGUGAAAGGAAGCAGUUUUUUGCUUUGUCAGCUACUGAAGUUGGAUGUUUGAUUAGUCUUGGGCCUGAUGAGUCUUGUGAGUUCUUUCACGAUCCUUCAAUGAAAUCAAGUUUGGAAGGACAGGUGAAGAAGACAUUAACAAUUUCACCACUUAAUGAUGGUGGUGGCUAUAUGUUCAAUCUGUCUGUCAUGAAUGCUGUUCAGAAAACAAAUGAGCGCUUUACUUUACCUGUGACUAAGGCAGAGUUUUCUGUGAUGCGCACGGCUUGCGGUUUUGUACUACCACUCAUCAUGGGUUGGGACCGAGUCAUUGGACCGCACCUGGAUCGCACAGGUCAUGGUCCACCCGAGCAAAGUGCAAUCAAGAUGGAUCCUGCCUUGGAGUGGGAAAGAUGAAAGGUGCACAUAGUUUCAGUGUGUACUAAGACUUCGUUUGGGACGGCUUUCUCUAUGCUUCUUAAAGCAUCUUCUUAGUAAAAAAUUUUAAUUUAAAUUUUUUAUACUAUGAAGAUGCUUUAAGAAGCAGAAAGAAAGUCGUCCCAAACGAAGCCUAAGAUGCCUAAAGUUUUUGUUAGUAUUAUGAUUAAAUACAAUUCAGAUAAUCAGGUCAUUAUGCUUUUGCAGUUAACAGAACAUCUAAAAUUGUAUUUAUGUUGAAGUUCAAACGACUGUUCAGUUGAAAUUACCCGUUUGCGUAAAUGUUUGUUGCUUCACUUUAGCUAGCUUUGGAGGUUAGAAUCAGCAUAAAAUGAGUGGAGUAGGUUAAAUACAUAAUUUUUAAAAUCAUUUCUGACUAUGUA